CCUUCUGCCAAUAAAAAAAAGUUGUUGAAAUAUAGCCACAGAAACAAACGUGAGCUGCAAAACAGAAAGUAGUCUAAAAGAAAACAAAGGGUGCUUCGUAACCUGUCAGUUUUGCUACAGAAUUAAAAUCCCUCUUUUACGUCUUUCCUCUUCACAAUCUGCCAAACAGCUUCUUCACAUGUCUUUGUUUUGUAGUGAAUAGAUAAAGCAUAUAAUUUUAUUUUUUUUCUAGCUCUCUGAUUACAGUUGGUCCUCACAGCAAAUACUCACGGGCUCUCAUUGUCCGCAGAGUGAGAGAGCAUAUAAUUCAGCCUUGCAACAUAAAUAUGUUUAAAAAUAUUUAUAUAUACAUAUACUUGAUCAGAUGCAGUGCAUAGGGUUAGAGUGCCAACUGAAAGUACUAUACCAAAUAGAUGCUUUUAUAGUAGAAGCUUCUUCCUUCUUCUCCUAUGUUUCCUCCAAUGGAUCCAAUUGUCUUCCUUUUUCUUCUGCUUCUUACAUCUUUCUUUACUUUCCCAGUAGCUACCUCAGCUCGAUCCGCAAAAGGCAAUGCUAAGAUCACUGUAGUGGGUGCUGUUUAUUGUGACACCUGUUCAGCCAAUGCUUUCUCUAGGCACAGCUACUUCCUCCCAGGUGCGGAUGUUCAAAUACAAUGCAAAUUCAAAGCAAACACACCAGAAACAACAGAGCAGAUGAAUUUUGCAGUUAACAGAACCACAGAUAAACAUGGAGUAUAUAAAUUGGACAUACCAUCUGUUGAUGGGGUUAACUGCAUAAAAGGCCUAGCUUUGGUCUCCAUGUGUCAUGCAACUUUGAUAAGGAGCUCAUCAUCAGCCUGCAAUUUUCCUGCUUUGAGGACAGCAUCAGAUGAGAUCUCUGUCAAAUCAGAACAAGAUAACCUCUGCAUAUACAGCUUGAAUGCAAUGAGUUUCAGACCAACAAAGAAGAACACAACUCUAUGUGGGAAUCAAAAAGAGGAAUUGGCAAAAACUUUCGACUCUUCCAAGUGCUUUUUUCCUUUCUUCCCACCUUAUAAAUUCCCCUGGCCUCCUCUCUCUUCAUUUCCUUUCCCUCCACUUCCACCUUUAUCUUCACUACCAUUUCCUCUCCCUCCUUUUACCCCAAUUCCAUCUCAAAGCCCUCCUUCUUUGCCCUUCCCUUUCCCUCCCCUCCCUCCUUUACCUCCAACCCCAUCUCUUUUCGCUCCACCACCUCCACCUGCUUUCAGUCUAACAGACCCAAGAACUUGGUUUCCUCCUUUGCUAUCUCCUCCUCCUCCUCCACCACCUGCGUUUAGCCUUAGAGAUCCUAAAACUUGGAUUCCACAUCUUCCUCCAUCACCUCCUAAAGGAAUUCAGAACAAAAAUAGCCCAUAGUAUUGGUUUUUAUUUAUUAAUUUUCCAUUAUUUAUCUCAAAAAUAACUAUAUAUGUUCCAACAUCUUCCAGAUGUUUACAAGAUUAUAUGUUUGGAUUGGUGCAUAAUAGUUGGGUACGGAAACCUGCAGCAUCAUAUUUUACUUUUUAUAUCGUUAAUAUUGAAAUUUUCUGUACAGAAUUGCUUAUUAUAUACAUACAUAUUUGCUCA